UUUAUUCGUAGAUGGAUCGUUGUAGCUCUUGCCGAAGUGGCCUCCGUCGUCCGGGUCACCCUCUUGGAAUUCGCGGGGCAGCUAUUGGGCAUACUGAUCUGCGGCUUCGUCGUCCGGGUCGUCCUCGUGGAAUUCGUGGGGUAGUUACUGGGCGCAAUGAUCUGCGAGGUCGUGGUGUGGCCACGCCGGAAGCUGUUGGUGGUAGUCAUCGGAGCCAUCCUGCUGUUCAUCGUUCCGUUGGCUUCCCAUCUACUGGGGUUCAAGGUCAGAGUUCCUCUGCUGCCGAUUUGCGUCGUCGGCGUCAAGAGAUCCGACUAGGAAAGCGUCCUGUUGAUUCUGCUAUUGCUCAUUCUUCGUGUGGCUUUGGUUUUCCGGGUGAUACGAACCCUGCCGUUUCCCAACCCAGUUUUUUCGUUGUUGUCGUAGAAUUGUCACGGCAGAUGUCCUCGACCUAGGACUUACUCGUGGAGCCAUCGCAACUAGGAAGCUUAAAGAGGUUAAGCGGGACAAGGAAUACGAGGGUUUAUACUGGUUCGGCCCUUUACGGUGAAGGUAAAAGCCUACGUCCAGUUUGAGGUGAUAUUGAUUAGGGUUACGAUCACCAGGGAGCUAAACCGCUAUGCAUGGCUUUCGAUGAGAUUGUUCUUGUCCCUAAACCGCUGCCGGGUCGUUCCUUUAUAUAGGGAGGCUGACGCCCAGCAGCUCUCAGAGUCCCGGCCGGCUCAUAAGAGUGUCCGGCUCGGACUCUCCACUAUCCUUGCCUUACACUACAAGUUCUAGCAUAAUAAUGAUUGCAACUACGGGCUUUAAGCCAUAUCUGGGUCUUGAGCCCAUCUUUGGCCCACUGUCUUCAGGCUUGGCGCCGGGCUUCUGGUAAUGACCAUAUGAGUAGCUCAGCCCCUCCUGGCGGGUGACUCUAAUGUCUAUAUUCUCAAUAUUAGGCCCCAGAUUGAUUUGAGCCGGCUCAUGUCAAUCUUCCAUUCCUUCGACAGAAAAACC